AUGCCCACUGAUCUGCCCUAUGCCGCCGAGGCCGAGUCCUCCCUCUCCUCCGAAGAACUAGCUGUUCUGAGAUCGCAAUACUACAAAGAGAUUGAGCAGGGACAUGUCACUACUCAGUCAAAAUUCAAUUACGGCUGGGCUUUAGUUAAGAGCCCAACGGCGGAACAGCAAACGGAGGGUGUAAAGCUUCUUCAGGAGAUCUACUCGGCAUCCCCCUCUCACCGGAGAGAAUGUACCUACUACAUCGCGGUCGGGUAUUACAAGCUGCGUAAUUACGCCUAUGCUCGCAAAUUCAAUGACCUGCUACUAGCUGUCGAGCCAGACAACAUGCAGGCCCAGUCGUUACGCAUGCUCAUUGAGCGGGCUGUACAACGGGAUGGGUACAUCGGUGUGGGAAUCCUCGCUGGAGGAGCAGCCAUCACCGGUAUCGUCUUGGCCAGCAUCUGGAAACGGGCUGCCAGGCGGUGA